AUGCUCGCUGUUGCCUUGCCCCAGACUCAGGUGAAGGGACCACGUUUGAAGGAAGCGGCUGCUGGGGAGGAGGAUGCGGCUGCUGGGGAGGAGGAAGCCGCUGCUGGGGAGGAGGAAGCCGCUGAUAGGGAGUAUGAAGAGGGACAUGACCUCGAGUUUAUGCCUGGGAGGAUGGAUUCUGCUCUAGAAGACCUUGAAGAGGGUCAGGGGGAGGAGGAGAAAGAAGAGGAGGAUGGAGGAGGGGGGGAAAGGGGUCAGGGAUGUGAGGAGGGAGGAGCAGGAAAAUUUGGAGGAAACCAGCCAAUCAGGGAUGACACCACGAAGGCCAAGGCAGAGGAUUGCAGCGGCAAGGAAACCGCAUUUGCCACCUUCCCAUCGCUCUCCACUCGCAGCUGUAACGACCCGGGCUACCGGCAGAGGCCAGCAGCGCGCAGGGAGCAGGAGGAGGAGGAGGAGGAGGAGGAGGAGGAGGAGGAGGAGGAGGAGGAGGAGGAGGAGUAUGCGGAGGACGACGAGGACGAGGAGGACGAGGAGGACGAGGAGGAGGAGGAGGAGGAGGAGGAGGAGGAGGAGGAGGAGGAGGAGGGGGGGGCAGACAAGGAUGCCUGGAGCGGGGGAAGGGGCACACGAGCAAGGACGGAGAGGGUGAGGGUGGCGAGGGGGAGCAACGGGAGAUGGGGGUGGGAGGGAGUGGUGGGGCGGUAG